UUUUUCUUCUAUGGAACUCAACCAACCAAUUGAAGCUUUCCACUCACCCAUUUUUCAUCAUCAACCAAUUUUUCAAAUCUCCAGAAAAAAAAAAAAAUCACCAAUCACACAUCUUUUUCAGUAAAACCCUUUAUUAAUUUUUCUUAAUUAUUCACCUAAUCACUCUUUAAUCAUUGUUUUCAUUUGUUCCUUUUUAGAUUAUAUUACCUCAAAGUUAUUGUUCAAAUCAUCUUCUUCACAAGCCCAGAAGAUAAAGGACGUUUUAUCGAGCUAUGAAUCCACAACCGAGUAAAUUAAACUCAAAUGGCCCAUUAACACCAGAAGAUCAACAGAAACUGAUCAUUGAAGUGCGCGAGGCGAUUAACAAGCACAAAUCAAUUGAGAAGAUGAAAGAAAAUAGUCCAAACGAGUUUUCUCGUUACUGUUCUGAUGCAUCGAUAGCAAGAUAUCUAAGAGCGCGGAAUUGGAACAUUAAAAAAACAGUUAAAAUGUUUGAAGCUUCGUUGAUUUGGCGAAUGAGCUAUAAACCCGAAGAGAUUCUUUGGGAACAUGUUGCGGCCGAAGGGGAAACCGGAAAAAUCUACAGGUCAAGUUGUAAAGACAAGAACGGGCGGGUUGUUCUCGUAUUGAGGCCUAGGUUUCAGAACUCAAAGUCAACAAGAGCUCAAGUAAAGCAUUUGGUGUACUGCAUGGAGAAUGCAAUAUUGAAUUUGCCUUGUGAUCAAGAACAAAUGAUUUGGCUCAUUGAUUUCCAAGGCUUCAACUUGUCCCAUGUAUCGAUUAAAUCGACAAAAGAGACCGCUUUCAUCUUACAGGAACAGUAUCCCGAGAGGCUCGGUUUGGCAAUUCUCUACAAUCCACCCAAAUUCUUUGAACCGUUUUACAAGGUGGUGAAGCCAUUUCUAGAGCCCAAGACUGCAAACAAAGUGAAAUUCGUUUACUCGGACGAUCCAAACACGAAAACCAUCAUGGAAAACUUGUUUUGCAUGGAAGAACUCGAGUCUGCAUUUGGCGGUAAACACGAAGAACAUUUCGACAUCAAGAAAUACGCGGAAAAGAUGAAAGAAGACGAUGCAAAGAGGACCGUUCUUUACGGAAGAGAAAGUUGCUCAGAACCGAGCUCUAACACUAACCCUGCACCUAACCCUUAUCACGACAACGAAGAAGCAACUGAUAUAAACGCGGUAAAGGAAGUUGACGAGGAAGAGAUAUCGAUGGAGACUCGAAAGACUAACGAUGGUUAAACAAUGGGCAAACCGCAUAAUAAAUGUAUUUAACUCGACACGUAUUAUUAUUAUUAUUAGAGUUAAUUACUGUUUUCGUC